GUUUCUUUGGAGAAACUUCGUACUACCAUGUUUUUUGCACUUAAAUAUAUAAUGCUUCUUUUUUAUGCUGAUAGGAAUCAAUAUAAUUUGUUGCAAUAUCAUUGAUUGAAAGUUAAUUAAUGGCUUCUCAUCAUCGGAGAUUGGUAACCGAGGAUUAUGAUUACCUCAUGAAGAUUCUUUUGAUCGGCGACAGUGGUGUUGGAAAGAGUUCACUUCUUCUACGAUUCUCUAAUAAUACUUUCACAACUAGUUUUAUUUCAACUAUAGGCAUUGAUUUUAAAGUUAGAACCAUAGAGCUUGAUGGAAAACAGAUCAAGCUACAAAUUUGGGAUACUGCAGGUCAGGAGAAGUUCCGAACAAUUACAACCGCUUACUAUCGCGGUGCUAUGGGAGUAUUGCUAGUCUAUGAUGUUACCGAUGAAUCUUCAUUUAACAAUAUUAGUAAUUGGAUUAGUAGCAUUGAGCAAAAUUCUUCGGACACUAUUGUAAACAAAAUACUGGUUGGGAACAAAGCUGACAUGGAUGAAAGCACAAGAGUGGUGCCUUUCACCAAGGGUCAAGCACUAGCAAAUGAGUAUGGAAUCAAAUUCUUUGAAACAAGUGCAAAGACUAAUCGAAAUGUCGAAGAAGCUUUCGUCACAAUUGCAAGGGAUAUAAAACAAAGGAUUCCAGACAAUAUUAAGCCAAUGCCUACAAGAAUCAUAAUCAACGAACAAGAUAAGCCAACUGAAACACACGAUGAACAAAAGUCGGCAUGCUGUGGUUGAGGAAGCAGAAUUGCUGUACAAGAUCAAGAAGGAGGAAAAUACAUGUAUGGAUGAUAUUGAUGAUGACAUUUGUUUUGUGUUUAACCUUGUUAUUCUUUCAUGAUUUUUUUCUAGUAGUGAACUAAUCCAAAUUUAAAAGACAAGGUUAUUGUGUCAUCGCCCCUUUUCGUUGCGCGACAUAAUCCAAUAGUCAUUGAUUUUUUUGAAGGGUUAAUUGCCAUGACAAUAGUCCAAGAAUUAUUUCAUUCUAAAAAAACAAAUCAAAUUAAUUGGAAUAGAAGUAUCAUAAGAAGUAAAAGAUUGCAAACAAAUGAAACAAUAUUCAUAACAAGUGUCCUAGUUUGAGCUUAAGAUCAUAGUUCUAAAAUCUAAUUUACAGUUCCUAUACUCUUAUCGUAAUAUCAAAGUUUGCAGCGUAACUACAAU